AUGGCUGCCCUCCAAGAUCUUGAAGAUUGGAUCGCCGACUCGAACACGGCGCUCAACAUCAGCCUCGUUUCGCCGACGCCUUCGGGCCUUCAACUGAUAUCCACCUUUAACCCGAGCUUCACCUAUCCCAUCUUUGGCGAGGAUGAAAAAAUCUUUGGAUACAAAGAUCUCAAGAUCAACCUUAGAUACCGCGCCAACGAUAUGCGCCCGCACGUCCAGACAUCAUACAGCAGCAAAUUCACUCCUAUCGGCGAAACCGAGCCCAUGGAUGUUAUGGGCAUGCUGAAAGAGGAUGCGCAGCUUCCUGAUAUCGCAUUUGGCAAGGCUGCGGAUUUCGAGAGCAACUCACAAAAGCUUGGAGAUGACUGGCAACCUCCCGGAGAGUUUCACGCUAGCUUCGAAGGCACCGAUGGCACAUACGAGAUUUGGAGAGGCACUCUGGCGGACCCGGCCAUCAAGCAACUGAACAAUCGCGUCCAGCUCCUGGUGCCGCUCCUCAUAGAAGGAGGAUCUUUCAUUGGCCAAACCCCAGACUCGACCUCCUCAGAGACUGAGAUGCCCGAUGCAGAUCGCUGGACUCUUUUCCUGCUUUACCGCAAGCAGCCGUCAUCUCCUGAUCCGAAAAAGAGCUCCUUUGUCUUUGUCGGCUACUCGACUGUCUACCGAUUUUUCUAUUUCCAGCCUCCGCCGACCCCUCCCGGAUCCCCGAAGCCGAACCACGAGUGGGAGCUGCCUCAGGGCGACAUGGAUCUAGCACAAUUGCCUUGCCGCACGCGCCUCUCGCAGUUUCUGAUUCUGCCUCCUUUCCAGGGCAGCGGACACGGCGCGCGACUGUACAAGUCCAUCUUUGAGCACUACCACAAGCAUGCUCAAACGCACGAAUUCACGGUCGAGAACCCGAACGAGGCAUUUGACGAACUCCGAGAUGCUUGCGACUUGAAAUUCUUGCGUACCGUGCCCGAGUUUGCUGCUCUGAGACUGAACCCGGAUGUCAAAGUUGGCAAGACUGGGCUGAUUCCUCAGCUGAUCAGAGGCGGCGAGGACCUGGAGGCAAUCCGAGCCAAGACCAAGAUUGCGCCGCGCCAAUUUGCGCGCGUAUUGGAGAUGCACAUCAUGUCCCAGCUUCCGGACUCUGUCCGUCCGCGCAUCGAUCCGGAUGAGAACGUUCCGUCGAAAACUGCCGCCGAUCGCCACCUAGAGCGACUGUGGCAACUGCUUGUCAAGCAGAGACUGUACAGACACAACCGGGACAUCUUGGCACAGAUUGAGCCCUCGGAGCGCAUUCAAAAGCUGGGCGAGACGUUGUUGGGAGUCGAGCUGGAGUAUGCUAGACUGUUGGCGGCGCAUGGCGCGAGCUCUGCCAGCGCAGCUACGGCCAAGCGCAAAUUGGAUGACGACGCGGAAUCGACGUCGAGUAAGAGAACACGAGUAGAUGAGUAA